AUGUGCAAUAAAGAAAUCUCAACAAAAGUGUCACCAGGUUUGCUGAAUGAUUAUAAUCCGUUUAUAGAAUUUUACGUGAACAAUAAAGAAAUCUCAACAGAAGUGUCUCCAGGCUUGCCGGAUAAUUAUAAUCCGUUUAUAGAAUUUCACGUGAACAACAUUCAACGUCCAGUUUUACCCACCUCCAGACGUGAACAACAUAGCCAGCGUAGGCAACGACAUGAUUCUAGAGAGAUUAAUUUGGAUAUAAAUCAAAAAUAUGAUGACACGAAGUGGGAAUAUAUUUUUCUACAUUCUGUAAAUUAUAUUGAUAAAUGGUAUCCAUAUAUGAAUGAAUCAAAAAGUAACUUUAGUUAA